AUGUGUUUCGCAAAUGAAGUUGAUCCAUUUUAUGAAUUGGCUACACUAGAAAACCGCAAACCUGAUGCUAUUUUCAAUCAAAUGCUUGAUUUGGAAGAAUAUGAAUUGAACAUUUUUGACGAUAAAUUGUUUGAAUUCAGAAAAAGAUUUGUUCAUUAUUUUGCACCAACACUGUAUAAGAAAUUUAAUGAAAGAGCUGUUAAUGAAUUGUUUUAUUUAUAUAUGAAGAUAUUCUGGAUUUCUGGUUUCGCUGAUUUGAUUAUAGAAGAUUUUGAAUGUUUUCAAAAGAAAAAAGAAAAUGGAAAUAAAAAUCAAAUCGUUGAAGUCUUGAAAUCGACAAAGCCUUUGUUGUCAUUAGUUUAUCAAGUUUGUCAGAACAGAGAUAAAGACUUUGUAGCUGAAUUAGCAAAUAUAAAUGAAAAUGCUAAAGAAUUCACUACAAAACAACCACCAAAGAAACACAACAAAGAAAUUGUAAAAAUGGCAGUUGAUUACAUCAAAUCAAAUCAACAAAACCUUAGUUCAAUUAAAAGUGAUUCAUGUGAAAUCAUCACAAUAAAACUGGAUACAAAGACAGCAACAGAACAAAUCUUGGAUUUACUAAGUGCAAGAUAUAAUUCUUUGGCAAGAACUUUUGCAAUUGAUUUGGAUUUCGGGAAAGAUUUAGAUUUAGAUGAUUUCUUUGAUAUAUUAAUGGAUUCUGAUGAUCAAAUGCAGAAAUUAAUUGCUUUGAAGUUUUUAAAUGAUAGAACUAAAAAACAACUCCAAAAAAUCUCAAAUAAUUUCAUUUCCCAAAAUUCAAAAAUUCUUAAAAAUAUAGGAAUUGUUGCAAUGUCAACUUUCGACAAAAAACAAGCUUUACAAGUUUUAUCUGAACUAACAAAACCUGAGAAACAAAAAGAUCUUUCUUUCGUUGACCAAUUAAAGUUCAUUUAUAAUUCUGCUGUUGAAAUUGACCAAAAAGUGACAGAUGAAGUGUCAAAAUAUGUUGACAAAAUUAGGUCUGAUCCGAAAUUAAUACAAAAUUGUAUUGAUUCUAUCAAUGAUUUGGAUAGUACUUCUUUGGGAGCAAUGAUUUGUUUGGGAGCAGAAAUUUUUGACACGGCAGUUACCAGUUUUUGUAAAGUUAACAAUGAUAUCAUUCAAAUUUCGAAGUUGAAUCAAAGACAGAAUUACAAACCGUCUUUCAGAAUUGAUAAACCGAAAUUUGACAUUUCCGAUCAACUUUUGAAUGGUUUACAAACAAUUACAAACAAAAUGGAUUUGCUAACAAAUGAACCACUUUCUCUUCUCCAAAAUAUGAUUAUCUGUUCAUUUAUUUCUUAUAUUGAUAGUUCAGGAAAAAGACAGAAUGAUAUCAGACAAAAAAUCCAAAAUUUGUACAGAAAUGUUGUAGAUAUUAACUCAGCGAAAGAUGUAACGAUGGCUCCAGACGAAAUGUUCAGAAAGAUAAGAGAAAUGAAGAGGUUACUGAAUGUCAAAUCAUCAGUAGUCAAAUUUAUUCCAAUAAAUAUAAGUUUGGCAUCGAGAACAAAUAAAUCAUCUGUUUUCUCAAUAUUCCCAACACUUAUACAGCCAAACAAAGCGUUUAAGUUCGUUUUGAAACCGAAAAAUACAUUGAAAUACAUUGGUUUGAUUGAUAUAAAUUACAAUGUUUGUUUCUUGUCUGUUUUCAACAAAUACAUUUUCCUCAAAAACAAAUACUUUAAAUUCAUUGGAGAUUCUUUCAAUUUCACUUUGUCUUUCAACAAAUCGAAAGCGUAUUUCAAUGACGUUGAAGUGCAAACAGAUUUGUUUGAUCCUUGUUUCGUGUUCCAUUUAACUGUCGCUGAUGAUAACUCUGUAAAUUACCAAAUUGUUGAUUUCAAUCAAACAAAAUUUGUCAAACCGAAACUGUUCGACCACAACUUCGAUUUGUCAGUUUUGUUCCCUAAAAAAUGUUUGGGAAUGAAUGUAAAAAUCGACGGUUAUGACAAUGCAUUCAUUUCUGACAUAAAAAGUGACAAUUUAUAUGAAGUCACUGCCAGUUCAAAUUCCAAGAUUGAUAUUCUCAAUUUGAGCUGCUACAAGUUGAUGCCACAAGACACAGAUUUGGAAGAUAUCCUCACAAGAAGUUCAUUUGCAACAAAAAUUGGUUUCAACGCUGAAGAAAACAGAAAUCAAUUUAUUGAUUUGGCAAAAAGUGCUUCAUUAAGUUUACUUAAGCCUAUUGUUUCCAAGAAUCUCUCUGAUGUACUUGUUCCUCAACUCAUUAGAUUAGAUUUGAACACAGACAUCAAUUCCCAAGAAGUUAAAGAACUGGUUAAAAUUUUCCAGCCGAAAAUUAACGAAGUUACUGAAAAAAUCAACAACAAAUUGAGAGAAAAUGAACAAAAUCCAAACAUUAGGAAUGAAUCAGACUACAGAAGGCUCAUGAAUAAUCCAAACAACUCUAUACAAUUGGCUUAUUACAAUUGGUGGAGGAUUUUCGACAGAAAUCAUUCAACAAUCAUCAAAUAUUUCUUGAAUUUCAAGAAAUCAAGUGAUUAUUUGUUGAAACACUAUUUAACACAUUAUAAUUUCGAGAAUGUUAAUUAUAUUGACUUCUUGAAUUUCUUUGAAAGAUCUUUCUUUAAUAAUCAACAAAACUUAACUUUAGUUAAUCUCGAAAUUCGUCAAAAAAUUGUUGAUGACGUCGAAAAACUACUUAAUGAAAGAAGUGACAUUUUCUUCAAUGUUCAAAACCAUUCUUUGCUUAUAAAGAACAUUUGUGAACAAGAGUUUACUAAAAUGCUUCAACACAAGGAAUCAAUUACUUCUAAUAGUUUCAAAGCUAUAUUUUUAUAUUCAAACAUCAAACAAAGCAAAAUGAGAAAUAUCCAACAAAACUUUGUCUCAGUUUAUCCUUGUGAAGUUUUGUCUACAAACGGCAGUGAAUUCCUUUUGCAGCCAAAUCAGCAAAGAAACGAUGUUAGCCUGUUCUCUUAUUCAUUCAACAAAAACAAUGUUUCAGAUGAAUGGAAACAGUUUAAACAAAUACAAGACUUGAAGCCAUUGUAUCAAACAAUUGCAGAAUCAAGAGUUUAUCAUGUUCCUUUGCAAAAUUGCAAUUUUAACUCAAUAAGUAUUUAUUUGAUUGAUGUUUUAUUCGCUCAUCCUGGCUUCGAAAUUCCUUCAUGGACAAUUCAAAUUAACGAGAAAAUAAAUGCAGUUUUUAAUUCAUUCCGUUAUCCAUGUGUACCAAAUCCACAAUACGAUACUGGAGAAACAUGGCCUAUAAUAGAGUACAAUCAAAUUGUUCCACAAACUCCUGAGCAAUGUUUUAUUUAUUCAUUCAUGAAAAUAAGAAGUCAAUACAAAACAAUGUGUUCAAAAAAUAGAUUCUACACUUGUGUUUGUUGGGAUUUAUCCAAAGGAUAUAACAUUGUUGAUGCUGGUGGUCCAUUUAGAGAAUCAUUGACAUCAAUGGUUGAAGAAUUGAUGGAUAUUAGAUUUAGAUUCUUUAUUCCACCUCCUGAUUCUUUAAUUUGCGAAAGAGAUUCGAAAGUUCCAUCAAUAACACAAAGUCCAGAAUUAUCAGUUGCUAUUGGUGCUGCAAUUGCUGCUUGCGCAAUAACUAAUAACCCAAGAAAUUGGUUAUUACCUGAAUUCUUAUGGGAUUUUCUUGUUGAUAAUACUGGAAGAAAUUUACAUACAUUUGUUGAUUGUACUGAUCCAAAUUACUUCAACAGUUUAGCAGCCGUUUGCGCUAGAAUUAAAGAAGGAUUUGAUUUGGUUUUCUAUCCAAAUGCAAGGAAUGGAUUAUGCGGAUAUAUUCUCAAAGUUAUGGCUAUGGGAUAUCAAGUCGACGUUGAUAAAUUUGCUGAUAUGUUAGUAUGCGAAGAUAAGGAAUUACUCGUUUGUUUCAGACAUGCAUUUGGCUUGAUGACAACUCAAGAGUUGUUGACUAUUUUCAGAUUCUUCACUGGAACAAAUAGACUUCCUAAUUCAGAUAAAAAGUAUAAAAUUAUUCUUGUUCAAGCAAAUGAAACAAAUGAAAAUAAUUUUCCACUCAUUUGGGCAUUUACUUGCACAUGUGAAGCAAAUGUUGCCAGAUUUAGAAAUCCUGCAAUUUUGAAAGCAAAAUUAUUGAAGAGUGCAGAAUACUGUCAAAAUAUUGAAGAUUAA